AUGCAUAAUAGAGAUCCCUGUGGCACAGAGCCCUGCUGCCACAACAGAGAACAUAAGGACCGGGUAUUGGUGGCCGACGCCUGUAGAGCAGAGAGAGGAGUAGGGGACAACGACGGUGAGUUGCCAGAUGACGUCCAUGAAGUACUCCAUGAAAAUGCAUCUGGAAAAGUAACAAGAUGCAGGUCGAAGGUCAACCAACUCAAGAGCAUCCAACACGCUAACCGUACCGCCCGUCUAGCCGGUUAUGACGCUGGAGUGACCGGAGGAUCCGCGUAUGCCGGAGGAUGUGAUGCCUGCUGUCUUCCAGGAGCCGCUGGACCAGCCGGAAAGCCAAGAGCACCAGGAUUUUCAGGAAAUCCAGGAGCACCAGGACUUCCAGAAAACCCAGGACGCCCACCACCAUGCCAACCAUGCCCACAAGGACCACCCGGACCACCAGGACCACCAGGACCAUCCGGAGAUGCUGGAGGCAACGGACAGCCAGGACAACCAGGACCAGACGGACAACCGAGUGCACCAGGAAACAAGGGACCAUCGGGACCAAACGGAAAUCCAGGAGCACCAGGAGCACCAAGACCAAAGGGACGCGUAUUGGGACCAAACGGAAAUUCAGGACCACCAGGACACCCAGAACGUGAUGGACAACCAGGAGCACCUGGACCAAAGGGACCAAAUGGAAAUCCAGGACCACCCCCACUUUUUUAA